AUGAUUUUUCUCGGCCUUUUUAUUUUUGGUGCUAGCUUGGCGAACGUAGAGACAUUUGAGCUGCUCACUUUUGAGAUGGAAGAUGUUUAUUUUGACCCAAGAUCUGUCCGCGGCCCAAGAGGCGUUUUGGAUGACUCAGAGUCUUCUGGAGACAACAACGACUCGACAAAUUCUAGUGCUGUUGGCAAAUCUCUCCGAGAAAAUCAUUCUUUCGAAAACGAUCAAGGGGAGGAUGAGGAUGGCUCUGCUGAUGGACGAUCAUUUAUGAACUUUAUCGAGAUCGAGGAGAGCUCUGGAAGCUCUAGUCUAGAAGUAAUAGGAUUUAUGCUCAGCUUCAACGACUCGGAAGGAUCUGGAGAAACAAUGGAGCGCUCGCUGAUCUAUCUAACCGAAGAAAAUGGCGAAGGUGAAGAUGAAGAUGAAGAUGUAUCAUUAAUCGACUAUUAUCGAUAUUAUGGAGAAGAAGAGAACUCCGGAGACUACAGUAUCGAAAUUACGGGCAUGUCGCUUGGAUUGAACUUGUCUGAGGCUUCUGGAGACGAUUUGGGAGCAAUUGAGCGAUCGCUGGUUAAUCUAACGGACGUAAACGCGGGGAUUUUUUCUGCUGAUGGCUCCGGCGAUAAUGAAAAUCAAACUGACCCCGUUUUGCGCUUCGCCGUUGAUCCAGAAAACAACGAUGAUAUUAUCAACGAAAUCACAAAACAAAUCAUCGAAGAAUACCAAAAACUCGCCGGCGAAUCUUCUUCCAUUCCAGCUUUUUUCAGUCUUUUCUUGCUCUGCAUUAUUAUCUUUUAA